GAACUAGAUAUGUCAUGUGAAAAAUCAUACGAUAAAUUCAUUCGAACUUCGUGGAGACGACUAAAAUGCAUCCGAGGCGCACGUGUAACACUGGCAAUUCGAAGUGUUUUUCAACAAAAAUUUGCCUUAGAAGACUCAGAUUUCGAUAAAACGUCACAAAAACAUUUUCAAUACGCGCACGACCGUAUUCUAAAAAGGGGCAAUCAAGACAACCGAACAAAAGCGACAGCAGCUGAAAACUGCAGCGUGACUGAAAACGACAGCGCGGCUGAAAACUGUAGCGCGGCUGAAAACUGCAGUACAGCUGUAUAAUUUUGACAUAUGUACCUUACGCGAGAUUUUAGACUAUUUGGAAAAAUUGCCAAAAAACAUAAUUUAACAAUAAUUCUUAAAAAAACAAGAAAAUGCAAUUCAGUUUUUAUUUUUUUACGAAGUAAUUUGUUCUUGUAAACCAGCGUCAUUUAACGUUUUUACAUAAAAAAGUAAAAAAUAAAUAAAAUUAAAACUGGUACUGCCGAAUAAUUUUGAUUUCUAAAUUUAAAUUAUUUAAAAAAGUGAACAAUCUUAAACACUUUGAAAUGUAAAUGAAAACUGCGGCACAACUAUUUUCAUAUUAAUAUUUUUAUGUUCAAAAAUUAAUAAAAGUCUGAAUGCAAUG